AUGAGAAGUGUCAAAAUAAAGUAUAUAACGUUCUUAACAUACUUGAACAUUAUGUAUGAGCAAGAUAUGAAUAAGAACCAGUCUACCAAUAAAAAUGAAGGGAAAAAAGAGAUAACAAUACUAUUGUUGGGAGAGUCAGGUGUGGGAAAGUCCACAUUCAUUAACGCUAUCAUAAACUAUAUGUCUUUCGAAAGUAUGGAUGCGGCGAACGAACGGCCCAUAUGUAUAAUCCCCACCAGCUUUACGAUAACUAAUCCAAAGUCACGAAGACCUGUGAAGGUAACAUUGGGUGACCAGGAUUCCAAUGAAAACACUACUGACCCGACAGAAUCUGCCACACAAUACCCUAAAUGUUAUAAUUUUCAAACUGAUAAAAUUGUACUCAAUAUAAUCGAUACGCCAGGAAUUGCGGACACGGAUGGUGUGGAGAAGGAUAAUAAAAAUAUGAAAAAUAUAUUGAAUUUUAUCAGCAAUUAUAAGGAAAUCAAUGCUUUUUGUGUGCUUUUGAAAUCUAACGAAGCGAGACUCGGCGUUGUGUUUAAGUAUUGUAUAUUUCAAUUAUUCAAUCAUCUGAAUAAAAGCGCCGCAAAUAAUAUAAUAUUUUUGUUCACAAAUUGUCGGAGCACUCACUACUUGCCCGGGGAAUCCGGACCCGCAUUGAUCAAAAUUUUAGAUAAAAUCCGGGAAAGUCCGCCAAAAGUUGACAUCCCUUAUGAUGAAAGUACGACCUAUUGUUUUGAUAACGAGUCGUUUCGAUAUCUCGUGGCCACGAGUGAGCCCAAUAAUUUACAGUUUGAUAAGCGAUAUAAGUCUACUUACGUUGACAGUUGGGACAGAUCUGUAGAGGAAUGUCAACGAUUAUUUGAUUACAUAAUACAACUAACACCACACAAAGUGAUGGACACACUAUCGUUGAAUAACACCAAACAAAUGAUACAAUUAUUAAUUAAACCGUUGGCCGACAUCUCGGAGAAUAUCGCGGAUAACGUAAACCAAUGCGAGAAACAUAUUAUUGAAGUGAAUGAAUACAAGGGAACGAUUGAAGAGUUGCGGAAAAAACUGGAAAUACCAUCGGUUGAGAUCAUAUCCGUACAGUUCAGUCGACCGAAGACUGUGUGCGGCCACGAAGAGUGCUGCGAACGCAUCGUAGAGAACGGCGUAACCAUGAUCAAUUAUAAAACAAUGUGCCAUUCACCAUGCUACCUUAGCUUUGGCGACGGCGACAUUAUAGGCAACAAAGGUUUAAAACGAUGCAAAGCGUUUAGUUUAUACAGUGGCACCGAUCGUGACCCUGGUGAACCGACCGGAUCGUUGUUGGAACGCCUAGUUAUAACACCUAUAGAAAGGGUUGCGGAAGUUUUUACCGAGUCGGACAUGUGCCGGGAGUGUGGUCACAGUUAUACUAAGCACCUGCAUCUGCUCAACGAUACCAAAACUAAAAUGACCAUGGUGCGUGACCAAGAGGUUGACAAAGCGAUCGAAUCGACCCAAUCGGCCGCUGAGGCCAAAAAGCUGCAGAUCACAAGUCUGGUCAAACGAAUAGGCGAAAUGAAGACUGAAAACGAGACAAUUGUAAAGUCGAUGUCAAUAUUUGCCUGUUUUCUGGCCAACAAUUCACUGACGCCUAUAAACGACGCGUUCAAACAGUAUGUCGAGCACCUGAUAGCCAACGAACAAUUGGUCCCUACCGGUGCCCACAGAGGGACAGCCAUUUCACGACUCGAACAGGUGUUACAGCAAUACGACGAGCAAAAACAGUUGAUUGAAAAGGUAAUGGACGGGUCGGUCACCGUAACCGGGGGUUCGGCCAUUACGCCCGUGGAAAUUGAUUGUCGCGUCGACCAACUGUGCUCGCUCAAACAUAAAGGCCACGAAAUUCGCACCAUGUUGGACCAACAGAAACAGGCCAAGGUUAACCAUAACGCUGAUUGCAAUAAAAUGCAGUUCAUUGUGAGUUCAGUGACUAAGGUAAUAUUUCAUAAAGAUAAUUUGGGUAUCUUUUUUAUUAAGCCUUGA